AGGGCAGAGUCAGGCAGAGUCUGCACUCCAGCUUUGCGUUCAGUUAGGCACAGACGCCCUAAGCGCCUCUCCCACUCUCCCCUUGGUUUUCAUUUGGACGUUUUGUUGGUGCAGCAAUAAGCAGCCAUGGAUGCCAUCAAGAAGAAGAUGCAGAUGCUCAAGCUCGACAAGGAGAAUGCCUUGGACAGAGCUGAGCAGGCCGAGUCAGACAAGAAAGCAGCUGAGGACAGAAGCAAACAGUUAGAGGACGAAAUGAGAGAGAUGGAAAAGAAAUUGCGUGUAACUGAAGACGAAAGAGAUAAAGUGUUUGAGGAGUUCCAAACUGCUGAGGAAAAACUUCUGACUGCUGAGGAAGUUGCCACCAAGGCUGAGGGAGAUGUCGCUUCCCUGAACAGACGUAUCCAGCUGGUUGAGGAGGAGUUGGAUCGUGCUCAGGAGCGUCUUGCCACGGCUCUGCAAAAGCUGGAGGAGGCUGAGAAGGCUGCUGAUGAGAGCGAGAGAGGCAUGAAGGUCAUUGAGAACAGGGCCAUGAAGGACGAGGAGAAGAUGGAGCUGCAGGAGAUCCAGCUGAAAGAGGCCAAACACAUCGCUGAGGAGGCUGACCGCAAAUAUGAGGAGGUCGCCCGUAAGCUGGUCAUCAUUGAGGGUGAUCUCGAGCGUACAGAGGAGCGCGCUGAGCUGUCAGAAGGCAAAUGCUCUGAGCUUGAGGAAGAGUUGAAAACUGUGACCAACAACCUGAAGUCACUGGAGGCCCAGGCUGAGAAGUACUCACAGAAGGAGGACAAGUAUGAGGAGGAGAUCAAGGUCCUCACUGAUAAGCUGAAGGAGGCUGAGACUCGUGCUGAGUUCGCUGAGAGAUCAGUAGCCAAGCUUGAGAAGACCAUUGAUGACUUGGAAGAGAAACUGUCACACGCUAAAGAAGAGAACCUCGAUAUGCACCAGAUGCUGGACCAGACUCUAAUGGAACUGAAUAAUUUGUGAACGCACAGUCUGACCCCACGCACACUGUGGUUUUGGCUUUUUGUACUUGCACCUUGCUUACCGUAAACCCCCUCUUCUCGUACCUUGCCAAUGGUGGAGAACAAACAGCCAGAUGCUAUUCUUAUUGCACCGUCCUGCCUUCAGCGGAACUCAACCAAGGAGCAAAGCUACAGGGAAGCAAAGCUUAACCAUUCCCUUUGAUGAAGCCUAAACUGAGAAACACAAUUAUUUGUGCAAGCCAGUUUUUAUGUCUGCCUUUUGCAAUCCUUGAGAUAGAUUUUUUUUUUUUGUUAGUUUUUUUUUGCAUUUUGUUUCUGACAAGUCAUCUGGUGAAAUGACAUGUGCCACUGGUUACAAAAAUAGUUUUCUACAUCUGUGUUGAAGCUGAUCCGGUACUUUCCAUUCUACCUGAUUAUGCACAUACCAAAGGACAAAGUGAAGAAAUUUUGCACUUAGAAAAACCUCAUUAUUAUGCAUAUUACAAACUAUGUCUAAAAAUAUACGUUAGCCUGCCACCUCCCUCAAAAUAAUAAUAAUAAAAAACCUCACAAGUCUAAUUAUACAUUGGCUAUGCCUGUCAGUGUGUAUACUGGUGCUACUGUAUUGUUAAGCAAUGACAAAAGAUGCUAACUCCUUACAGUAUAUUCUGUCUAAUUUUGUUAAAAAUUCGCGGUCCAACAUUUUUUCAUCUUGUCUGUGGAGUAUGUUUUCAGUCAACUGGUUGUGCAUUGUUUUAAUGUAGAUGUUUCGAGUGUUUAUCAUAUCUGAAAUGUACAAAUUCUGAAUAUAAAUAAAAGCACGUUUU